CGCGACUCUUCCCUUUGGUCUCCAUUACGCGUGCCAUUGCCUUCUCUCUCCUCUCUCUCUCUAGACCACAACUCCGUCACCUAUACAUACACAGAAACCCAAUUGUAGAAAGAGAAAGAGAUUCAGAUCUUGAUUGCAAAUUUGGAAGACGACGACGUGUUAACGUGACUAUUCCGAAGAAGUACAGGUUAGUGCGGUGCGCACACUAGUUGCAACAUAGACUCGCUCGGUGAGCGUACGUCCAUGGCCGAAUUGGCCGUCGAAGCUGAAGUAGUAUACGCGCCGAGAAGUCUGCAAGUGUGGAGGACGCUGUUGAACUGGCUCGCCUUCUUCUUUCAGAUCUUUGUUCAGAUCAUCAGAGGCACGCCGGCUCAGCUCCUCUCUUACGUCGGCCUCCGACACCAUUCUCUGCUCUCCUCUUCUUCGCCGUCGUUCAAGCCUUUGCCCGACUUUGAUUUCACCGAAUUGCAACAAAUAGAGCCGACAUCCUCCGCAUCGGCGCAAUUUACCGGUGGAAAAGUCACCGUCACCAACGGAGAUGGCGAUGAGGGUCCUAUUGAGAAGCUCACGGUGGUCCUUGACUUGGACGAAACUCUAGUAUGUGCAUAUGAGACAUCUAGUUUGCCAACUAUCGUCCGUAAUCAAGCCACGGAAGGUGGAUUGAAGUGGUUUGAGCUGGAAUGCAUAUCUUCAGACAAGGAAUGUGAAGGCAAACCUAAGGUCAACUAUGUUACGGUGUUUGAACGUCCAGGAUUAGAAGAAUUUCUAAAGCAACUUAGUGAAUUUGCAGAGCUUGUGUUGUUCACAGCGGGUCUUGAAGGUUAUGCUAGACCACUUGUUGACAGAAUAGAUGUUGAAAAUCGGUUUAGUCUUAGACUGUAUCGACCUUCUACAACUAGCACGCAAUAUCGGGAACAUGUGAAGGAUCUAUCCAGCCUAUCAAAGGAUCUCUGCCGAACUGUUAUAGUUGAUAAUAACCCUUUCAGUUUCUUGUUGCAACCACUGAAUGGAAUUCCAUGCAUUCCAUUUUCUGCAGGACAACCACAUGAUCAACAGCUUCUGGAGGUCCUCCUUCCGCUCCUUAAGCAUCUCUCUCAGCAAAAGGAUGUGAGACCUGUGCUCUAUGAAACAUUUCGCAUGCCUGAAUGGUUUCAAAUGCAUGGAAUCCCUGCUUGUGGUUUGACAAAGUAGGAUAGAGAUUGUACACAUUGUUGCUGCAUGCUUCAGCGCCAUCCAAUACACAGUUUUAUCCAAGGGCUGCACGUCUUUCUCGGAUUCAAAGUUUUUUGUAAAGCAUCAGUUUGUACACAAAGCGUCUUUCUCGGAUUCCAUGUCUCAUUGUGAAGGUUCCACUGCUGCACCACUCAAACAUGUUCAGCAUUUGUGGAAGUAGCAUCGUCAAUACUCUGAUUCUUAUGUAACUUUGUUUAUAUGCCCACAAUUCUAUUUCAUAUUCAUGCAUGUUUCAAGUCCUGUUGUAAACCUGUUACUGACCGGUAAUUAUUUAUAGUUUAUACGGUUCU